AUGCUGCUGUUUAUUAAACCUUAUGCAUUGUUAUUUAUUAUCAUUGUUUUGAUAAUAUCUUUAAUUGCCGUUUCAAUUGUGUGCAUAUUGCUCUAUGCAUAUCGUACACGUGAGUCUGAACGAUUCAGUGGUAAAAAACUAUUAGAUUCUUCUAAUGAUUCAGAAGUACCUGACACAACGACUGGGAUAGGUCAUUCAAUACCAUUGAAAAAACUUCAACUCUCUUCUAUACCCUCUACACCGGAGAAGCCUCCAAAAAUUAUUUGUGAAACAGCUCCACAUUUUUCAUUUCAUGAGUAUUCAGUUGAUACACCAACAAAUUAUCAAACAUUUGAUUUUGCAAAACGUUAUCAAAGCCAUGUAUCCUCAGAUUCAUCAUAUACAAGUUCAACAAAACGUUAUGGACAAAUUUCGUUUGAUUCGGUAAAAUCGAAAUUUCAGCAGAAAAAAGCUCAUCAACGUCUUUCAGUUAUAUCGUUAUUCAAUCAACAACAAAAAUCAAAAGAACAAGGAAAAUCACCCGUUGAUAGUGAAAAUGAGCAUAACCCUCGAGCACCAACAUUAUCAACGAUUACUAGUGAACAGCAUAAUUCAAUAAAUGAUAGUAGUUCAACAGAACAUUUACAUAUUAGUAAUUAUCAACCACCUGAUGAUCGAUCAGAUUCGGAUAUUGAUCAAACGCCCACUCGUCUAUCACCAAAAUUAAAUAUUAACCAAUUAAAUGUAUCAAGUUAUGCUGAGUAUACAUUAUCCGAACUUUUUCGUAUUGAAUUAAGAUAUUUUCUUUAUUAUGAUUUAACUCAAAACGAACUCCGUUUUCAAUUGGUUCAACUUCAACAUUUACAUUCGAUUGAAAAAUGUUUUCGUACAUUUAUUUGUAAAAUUCGUCUUCACAUUGGACAGAAACACAGUCGACGAGGACGACGAUAUUUUUCCAAAAUGAUCACAAAAGAUGUGAAUAGUAAUCAAUAUCAAUCAAAUGAACUAUUUAGAUUUCAAUUAGAUCAACAUUUAGUAGAUGAAGCCUAUUUGAAAGUAAGCAUAUUGGGUUAUCAAAAAAAUGAACGUAUCGAAUUAGGACAAACAUUAUUAAUUUUAAAUGAACAUGAAAAAUCAGUGGAUGAUGGUAAUUUAGAAGAAUAUAGAAAAUUUGUUCAAAUAUACGAAGAUAAAAUCGAUUUAAUUACACAACUGACUGAACUUGAGAAUGAAGCUCGUGCACUAAUAUGUUUAGUAUACGAAAAUGAACGAGGUCUAUUACAUGUCGGAAUCAUUAAAGCAACUGGUAUACCGUCACUAUUAAAACAUCAACAUGGUUUAGUUCAUAUUAAAGUUUGUACGGUGUGUGAUAAUAAAGUAAUGUGUAAAAAGAAAUCAAAGCCUAUUCCAAAAAUUCACAAUGAUACAGUGUUUACAUUUAGCACAUCAUUUGAUCUAGAUUAUUUAUCACUACAUAAAACGUGUGUUCGAAUAUCGAUUUGUUUGAAACCAACACCAUUAACAACGUCAAAAUUAGUUGGAAAAAUUGAAUUUGGUUCGAACUGUUUGAAAAAUGUUGUUGGUUUUCAACAUUGGACCGACACACUAUCCGCACCAAAUAAACCUCAUAUCGGAUGGCAUACAUUCGAGAAGAUGAAUCAACAAAAAUAA